AUGGCGGGGGACGAGAAGAAGGGCGAGGAGGAGGGCGACCCGCGCAUCGCCUACGUGCUGCGGCAGAUCGCGACGAGCUUCCGGUCCAUCACGCCGGAGAACUACGAGAAGUUCAGGAAGGACCCCGUGGCCCAGGAGCUCAUCGAGGCCUUCGUCCACGCCUACGAGGGCGGCCCCAGCGCGCUCUACGUCGUCGAGAACCGCGGCGGCCUGCGCCUGAGCGCGGCGCCGCCCGCGGCGCGGUCGGACAAGGAGAAGGGCAAGGACGACGCGGGCUUCCUCUACAUCCUGAAACUAGGCGCGGCGGCGACGGCGUUAGACGCCAGCGCCUACGAGAGCCAGCUGGUCAUCGGCGAGUGCUCCGUGGGCGUCCUCGAGCACGCGGAGCAGGUCGCGAUGACCGUCUUCAGCCCGCUGCUCGCGGCCGUGAAGAACGACUGGAGCGAGUUGGUGGUUCGCGAGGUCGACGAGUCCCUGAGCGCCUUCGUCGCCAACGUGCAGAUCAUGCAGGGCCACGUCAAGGGCAUGACGUCCCUGCCCCUGCCGCCGGACUGGGCCGUCCAGUCGCAGAAGGGCAUGCCCGCGGGCGCGUCGCGCGCGACGAUCGCGGGCGCGUCGCCCGAGGGCAGCGUCGUCGAGGCCAAGGACGCCAUCCACGCCCUCGAGUCGUCGAUCAUCACGUGGACGAAGCAGAUCAAGGCCGUGCUCAAGCAGGACCCGGAGACGGCGCUCGUCACCGAGGGCCGGCCGCACCCGGGGCCCGUCGCGGAGCUCGACUUCUGGACCGCGAAGGCGCGGAACCUGAAUUCCAUCUUCGACCAGCUCCAGUCGACGCGCGUGCGGCGCGUCCUGCGGUGCCUGGACCGGGCCCAGUCGACGUACAACGCGCCCUUCGCGAAGCUGUGCAAGGAGCUGUUCCACGCGCGGACGGAGGCGAACGACAACGUCAAGUACCUGGAGCCGCUGCGGCCCUGGGUCGAGCAGCUCGAGACGUCGGCGGAGUUCUCCAGCCUGCCGGAGCUGUUCGCGCCCAUCGUCCACAUCAUCCUGCUCGUGUGGAAGGGCAGCGGCCACUACAACACGCCCACUCGGCUGGUCGUGCUGCUCCGCGAGAUCUGCAACGCGCUCGUGCACCAGGCGACGGCCUUUUUGAGCGGCGACCGCAUCUUCGAGCUCAUCGACAGCGAGGACGCGCGCGACGCCGUGACCAUGCUCCGGGAGACGCUGCGGGUUUUGGCGGAGUUCAAGCAGGUCUACCUCGCGUACAAGGACAAGGCGAACGCGGAGUGCCCGCUGAACCCCUGGCGCGUGCAGAACAACGCCGUCUUCGUGCGCCUCGACGCGUUCUGGGAGCGGAGCCACGACCUGCUCGAGCUCACGUGCACGACGAUGCAGUUCUCGAACCUCGCGAAGAUCGAGGUCGGCGGGACCAAGGGCAAGAUCCUGACGACGUCCGUGCUCCAGAUCCACGUGGACUUCACGGCGGCGGUGUCCGCCGUGCGCAAGCACGGCCACGAGCGGCUCCUCGAGGUCGAGGCGAAGGAGUUCGACGACGCGUUCUACGAGUUUCGCGUCGCCGUGAAGGAGCUCGAGCGGCGCCUCGCGUCCGUGCUCACGCAGGGCUUCGACGACGCGCCGACGAUCUCCGGGCGCUUCAAGCUCCUGGACUCCUUCGACGCCCUCGUGCAGCGGCCCGUCAUCGCCGACGAGCUCGAGAAGAAGUACGUCGAGCUCGUCGUCGACUACGGCGAGGACGUGCGCCAGAUGCAGAAUUUGUUCAUGCAGCUCCGGGAGUCGCCGCCCAUCGCGCACAACCUGCCGCCCAUCGCCGGGGCGCUGACCUGGUGCCGGGGCCUGCUCCAGCGCGUGCAGCUGCCCAUGGAGAAGCUGAAGCGGCUGGAGCGCAAGGUCAUGGAGCGCGAGGAGGCGCGCGACGUCGUCAAGGACUACACGGCCUUUUUGGGCCAGCUGAGCGACUACGAGCGGUCCCAGAUCGAGGCCUGGGGCGGGUCCGUGGAGCGGAGCUCCCAGGCGAAGCUCAAGAACCCGCUGCUGCGGCUCGAGGCGCCGCCGGACGGCACGCCGGGGCCGGGCCUCCUCUACGUGAACUUCGACCCGCUCCUCGUGCGCCUGUUGCGGGAGGUCAAGUACUUUCUGCUCCUGGGCUUCACGGCGCCGGGCUCGGCGCUCGAGAUCUACCGCCACAGCGAGGUCUUCCGGCGCCACAUGGGCAACCUCGAUUUGAUCGUCAACGUCUACAACUGGAUGCAGACGUCGCUGCUCCCCGUGGAGCGGCCCCUGCUCAAGAACCAGCUCGACAAGAUCGACAAGCUGUUGGCCCAGGGCAUCGGCAAGACGGGCGGCGGCGACCGCCGCGCGUCGCAGGCCGUCGUCAAGAAGGCGCUCAACUGGAAGAGCAGCAACAUCGACCUCUACAUCAACGAGGCCAUGUCCGAGGUCAACGAGAUGAAGGGCACGAUGACGGUCAUGAAGGCGAACCUGCACCGCGUCGAGGAGCUCAUGGACGGCUGGUCCAGCCAGCCCCUGCUCAAGCGGAGCGGCAAGGCCGCGACGGCGACGGUCGCGGACUUUGAGCAGCUCCAAAAGGUGACGCUCACGCAGCGCUACGGCCACAUCCGCGAGGGCGGCGGCGAGAUCCACAAGCUGCUGCGGGACACGAACCGCAAGCUCAAGGUGAGCCAGGGCCUGCCGGACUGGAAGGCCUACGUCGACUUCGUGAACAACAUCGUCGUCGGCGGCCUCAAGCGCGUCGUCGUCGUGUCGUGCGUCGUCCUCGAGAACCAGCUCGACCCCGUCUACCUCGCCAAGCACAACCCGGGCCCCAUGCUCGAGAUCGAGCUCGACCUCGUGGACCAGGGCGUGCGCUACCUGCCGGAGAUCGGCUUCAACGAAGCGGGCCGCCGCGAGGCGGACCAGCGCGGCCUGCGGAACAUUUUUAGGAACUGGAUGGACAACUUCUCGAGCGUCGCCUGCAUCUUCAAGCGUUUGGACACGGGCGAGGGCCACUACCUGCGCGAGCUCCAGGACGACCUCGAGGUGACGUGGUACCUCGCGACGAUCGAGGGCCGGCUGAACCACACGGAGGCCAAGGUCGAGCGGCUCCGGCAGCACUUUCUGCGGUACGAGUACCUGUGGACGACGGACCUCCAGGUCAUGUUCGCCGAGUUCCUGGAGACGGCCAUCGUCGAGGUCGAGGCGAAGAAGGAGGCCGUCGAGGGCGAGGAGGACGACGACGACACGGGCGUCGCGGCCGUCGACGAGGGCGACCGGCUGAAUUUGGAUCUGUUCGAGGAGAAGAUCAAGCUCUACCUCGAGGUCCAGGCGGAGAUCGCCGAGCUCAAGCCCCUCCACGAGAUCGACUUCCUGCGGAUCAUCGCGCAGCCCAUCAAGCAGGCGCUCGGCACGUGGGUCACGAAGUGGAUGUACAUGUUCACGAACUACCUCCAGUCCCGCAUCAUGGAGAAGCUCAACGAGCUCCACGCGUUCAUGUCGGAGAUCGACCGGGGCCUCGACCAGGUCGUCGAGGAGGGCGACAAGGCGACGCUCAUGUCCGUCAUGACGCACAUCCGCGACGUCCGCAAGCGCAUGCCGACCAUGGACGACACCUUCGUGCCGCUGCGGGAGAUGGUGUUAUUGCUGAAGACGCACGGCAUCACGCUGGACCUGGGCAAGGUCGGCGCGGACGACGCGCUCGACUUCCUCGAGCGCGCGCCGCUCCAGUGGGACAACGUCGUCAACAAGACGUUCCGCGUCAAGGAGAGCAUCCAGCCGCUGCAGAACGCCAUGGUCGACACGAUCAAGCGCGACAUCGCCGACUACGUGGAGCGCGUGCGCGUCGCGCACAAGAAGUUCCGCGAGGCCGAGGGCCCGUUCACGUGGCCCGCGGACAAGGCCAUGUCGGCCUACAAGGUCAUGGACGCGACGCAGAAGGAGCUCAUGGUCAUGGAGACGGAGGCCGAGUCCUUCGCGAACCUGCAGGAACUGUUCGAACUGAACAAGAUCCGCGCGCCGCAAUUGGCGGAGAUGCGCAUGGAGCUCGGCUUCCUCAAGCAGGUCUGGGACACGGUCGCCGUCGUCGAGUCGCUCUUCUCCUCCUGGAAGCAGACGCUGUGGCUGGACAUCCAGACCGACGACCUGCUGGACGAGACGAAGCGCCUGCUGAACCAGGUGAAGCGGCUCCCGCGGCGGCUGCGCGACUGGCCCUGCUACCUGCAACUACUGGCGUCGUGCACGAACAUGUCGACGGUGCUGCCGCUCGUCGCGGAGCUCCACUCGCCGGCGAUGCGCGACCGCCACUGGAAGGCUGUGGCGUCCGUGACGUCGCGGCCGCUCGACAAGGGCCCGACGUUUUCCCUGUCGGACUUGCUGGCCCUGGAGCUCCACCGGCACGUGGACGGCAUCAUGGAGGUCGUGGAGACGGCGAACAAGGAGAAUAAAGUGGAAGCAAAACUCGGCGCCAUCGAGCGGUCGUGGUCGGAGGCGAACUUCGAGAUGGCGCGGCACCGCGACACGGAGGUCAUGAUCAUCGUGUCGCCCGACGACCUGUUGGAGACGCUCGACGAGCACCACAUCCAGCUCCAGUCCAUGGCGGCCAUGGGCCGCGCCGUCGACUUCUUCCGCGCGGAGCUCACGGCGUGGCAGGGCACGCUCGGCAACAUCGAGGUCGUCAUGAAGGUGCUCCUGAGCGUCCAGCGGUCCUGGUCGUCGCUCGAGGCCAUCUUCCUCGCGUCGCACGACAUCCGCGCCCAGCUCCCCGACGACACGAAGCGCUUCGAGGGCAUCGAUUUGGAGUUCAAGGAGCUCAUGCGCGACAUCGCCGCGCGCAAGGGCGUCGUCGCGUGCUGCUCCGCCGAGGGCCGCGAGAUCUCGCUCAACACGAUGAACAAGGAACUGGAGAUCUGCCAGAAGGCGCUGAGCGAGUACCUCGACAUGAAGAAGAACAUUUUUCCCCGCUUCUUCUUCGUGUCGAACAUGGCGCUGUUGGACAUUUUGUCGAACUCGAACAACCCGACGAAGAUCAUGCCCCACAUCGGCGCGGUCUUCGACGGCAUCGACCAUCUCGUCUUCGUGGAGACGGCCAAGGUCGAGGAGGAGGACGAGGUCGAGCUCGAGGAUUCCCUGAGCCUGGGGUCGGGCAAGAAGGCCGCGACGCCGACGCUCGCGAACGCGAUGAAGUCGAAGGACGGCGAGACCGUGCCCUUCGAGGCGGAGCCCUUCGCCAUGCAGGGCGCCGUCGAGCAGUGGCUCAACGACCUGACGACCUUCAUGCGCGACACGCUCCGCGGGUCGCUGGACAACUCGCUGACGGACGCGUCGAACUGGGACACGGAGCGGCCGCGGGAGGAGUGGGUCGCGAACUACGCGGCGCAGAUCGCGCUCGUGACGUCCCAGAUCGUCUGGACCGAGGAGACGGAGACGGCGCUCGACGACCUGGAGAACGGCACGGACGACGCCGUGAAGAAGUACCUCGAGGUCUGCAAGAGCCGCCUCGAGAACCUCAUCUCGCAGGUCCAGGGCAAGCUCGAGCGGGGGCUCCGCGCGAAGAUCAUCACGCUCAUCACCAUCGACGUCCACAGCCGCGACAUCGUCGCGUCGCUAAUCACGAAGCGCGUCGAGUCCGCCCAGGACUUCCUGUGGUCGAGCCAGCUGCGCUUCUACUGGGUCGCGGAGGAGCGCGAGGUCGAGAUCCGGAUCUGCGACUUCCGGUCCGUGUACUCCUUCGAGUACGUGGGCAACUGCGGGCGCUUAGUGAUCACGCCGCUGACGGACCGCUGCUACGUGACGCUGACGACGGCGCUGCGCCUCUUCCUCGGCGGCGCGCCCGCGGGGCCCGCGGGCACGGGCAAGACGGAGACGACGAAGGAUUUGGCGCGCGGCCUCGGCCUGCCCUGCUACGUCUUCAACUGUUCGGACCAGAUGAACUACCAGACGAUGGCGGACAUCUUCCGCGGGCUGAGCCAGGCGGGCGCGUGGGGGUGCUUCGACGAGUUCAACCGCAUCCCCAUCGAGGUGCUCUCCGUCGUCGCGACCCAGGUGAAGACCGUGCUCGACGCCGCCGUGCGCCUCAGCGACCCGGCCCGCCGCGAGGCGCCCUACUCCGCGCUCCCGGCGGGCACGCCGCCGGUCAAGGUCGGCGAGUUCGAGUUCUUCGGCGAGAAGAUCAGCCUCAUCCCCUGCUGCGGCUUCUUCAUCACGAUGAACCCGGGCUACGCGGGCCGCACGGAGCUGCCGGAGAAUCUGAAGGCGUCGUUCCGGUCCUGCGCGAUGAUCCGGCCCGACCUGCGGCCCAUCUGCGAGAACAUGCUCAUGGCCGAGGGCUUCAUCAAGGCGCGGCCGCUGGCGGCCAAGUUCGUCACGCUCUACAAGCUCAGUUCCGAACUGCUGUCGAAGCAGGCCCACUACGACUGGGGUCUGCGGGCCGUCAAGUCCGUGCUCCGCGUCGCGGGCAAGCUCAAGCGCGCGGAGCCCGAGGUCAACGAGGAGGCGAUCCUCAUGCGCGCGCUGCGCGACUUCAACACGCCGAAGAUCCCCGCCAUCGACAUCCCCAUCUUCCUGCGGCUCAUCAGCGACCUCUUCCCGGGCCUGGACCUGCCGACGAAGGUCAACGAGGACCUGCAGGCGCUCGCGUCGCGCGUCUGCGCCAAGGAGGGCCUCCAGGGCGAGGACAUCUUCAUCUCCAAGGUCGUCCAGUUCCAGGAGCUCCUGGACGUGCGCCACUCCGUCAUGAUUUUGGGCCCGGCGGGCGCGGGGAAGACGACGAUCUACAAGACGCUCGCGGGCUGCCACAAUGUCGACAAGCCCAAGGCCGUCUGCGUCUACGAGGCCAUCAACCCCAAGGCCGUCACGUCCGACGAGCUCUACGGCUACAUGACCCUGUCCAAGGACUGGAAGGACGGCUGCCUGUCCAUCGUCAUGCGCAACAUGUGCAAGGAGUGGUCGCCGUACGCGGCGCACCAGACGUACAAGUGGGUCGUGCUCGACGGCGACAUCGACGCGGUCUGGAUCGAGUCCAUGAACACGGUCAUGGACGACAACAAGGUGCUCACACUCGUGUCCAACGAGCGCAUCCCGCUCACGGAGAGCAUGCGCAUGGUCUUCGAGAUCCACUCGCUCAAGAACGCGACGCCCGCGACGGUGUCGCGCGCGGGCAUCCUCUACGUCAACGAGCUCGACAUCGGCUGGCUGCCCUUCGCCGAGUCCUGGAUCCACGACCGGACCCACGAGACGGAGCUCGCGACCAUGCCGGGCCUCUUCGACAAGUACGUGCCCCAGAUGAUCGACCUCCUCAAGGAGCGCAAGGUCGAGACGCUCACGCCGGUCAUGACGAUCUCGCGCGUCACGUCGCUCUGCUACCUGCUCGAGGGGCUCCUGGCCCAGGUGCCCGACGCGGCCAAGGACCAGGAGCGCAUCGAGCGCCUGUUCUUGUACGCGUCGGUCUGGGUCUUUGGCGGCGUCGCGGCCGCGGACAAGACCGUCGACUCGCGGCGGUCCUUCUCGGACGCGUGGCGCCAGACCUUCAAGGCGCUCAAGUUCCCCGAGGGGGGCCUCGUCUUCGAGUACUACGUCGACCCGUCGACGGGCGAGCUCGCGGAGUGGGCCGAGAAGGUGCCGACCUACGAGCCCGUGGGCGUCGUCCAGUUCUCGUCCAUCGUCGUGCCGACCGCGGACCUCGUGUCCCUGACGACGCUCACGAAGGCGUUGGUGGAGCGGCGGCGGCCAGUCAUGUUCGUCGGGUCCGCGGGCACGGGCAAGACCAUAUUGGUGCGCGAGUUCUUGCGAAAUUUGCCCGACGACUCGCUCUCGGCGACGAUCAACAUGAACUACUACACGGACGCCCAAGCCCUCCAGCGCCAGCUCGAGCAGCCCAUCGAGAAGCGCAGCGGCAAGUCCUACGGCCCGCCCGCGGGCAAGUCGCUCAUCUAUUUCGUCGACGACCUGAACAUGCCCUUUGUGGAGGAGUACGGCACGCAGACGCCCAUCGCUCUAAUGCGCAUGCACGCGGACUACAACUCGUGGUACGACCGCACGGAUUUAGGAUUGCGGAAGAUGAUUUUAGACUGCCAGUACAUCUGCGCCAUGAACCACAAGGCCGGGUCCUUCUCCGUGAAUCCGCGAUUGCAGCGCCACUUCACGGCGUUCGGCUGCCAGUCGUCGUCGGAGGUGGACCUCGCGAUGAUCUACCAGUCCAUUUUAGACAACCACGUCGGCGCCGACUUCCCGCCGGCGGCGGCGCGCAUCGCCAAGCCUCUGGUGGACGCGACGCUCAGCGUCCACAAGGAGAUGGCCGUGCGGUUCCUGCCGAGCGCGAUCAAGUUCCACUACAACUUCAACAUGCGCGACCUCGCGGCCGUCUUCCAGGGGCUGUGCGCGUCCAAGGCCCAGUACACGCGCACGUCGCUCCCCCUGGCGCGCCUCUGGAUGCACGAGUGCGCGCGCGUCUACGCGGACCGCCUCGUGUCGUCGACGGAGAUCUCGCGGUGCCAGGACAUUCUGGUCGACGUCGCGAAGCGGUGCCUCGACGAGAACCCGGAGGAAUUGUUCGAGGAGCCCAACGCCUGGACGACCUUCGCGACGCCGACCAUGGACGAUUCCAAAGUUUAUCUCCCGGUGAAGUCGCUCGAGUCGCUGCGCAAGACGUUGAACGACCAGCUCAAGGAGUACAACGAGUCGAACCCGAUCAUGAACCUGGUGCUCUUCGACCAGGCCAUGAUGCACGUCGUCCGCAUCGCGCGCAUCGUCGGCUUCCCCCGGGGCAACGCGUUGCUGGUGGGCGUCGGCGGCUCGGGGAAGCAGUCCCUCGCGCGCCUCGCGUCCUUCAUCUGCGGCCACGGCGUCGUCCAGGUCGCGGUGACGUCGUCCUACGGUGUCUCGGAUUUGAAGGAGGAGCUCAAGGAGCUGUACCGCAAGGCGGGCGUCAAGCCCGCGGAGCCGCUGACUUUUAUAUUGACGGACUCGCAGAUCGUCGACGAGCGGUUCCUGGUCUACAUCAACGACCUCCUCGCGUCGGGCGUGAUCCCGGAUUUGUUCACGAGGGACGAGUACGACGCGAUCUUCGGCCAGCUGCGCAACGCGGCCAAGGCCGCGGGCAUCCCGGACACGUCGGACUCGAUGAUGGAGUUUUUCAUCGACCGCGUCUGCCACAACCUGCACGUCGUGCUCUGCUUCAGCCCCAUCGGCGACCUCUUCCGCGUCCGGAGCCGCAAGUUCCCGGGGCUGAUCAACUGCACGUCCAUCGACUGGUUCCACCCCUGGCCCAAGGACGCUCUCGUGUCCGUGGCCCAGUAUUUCCUCGAGUCCGUGGACCUGGGCACGCCGGAGGUCAGCGACAACAUCGCGCACCACGUCGCGGAGGUCCACUCGUCCGUCGGGACCGUGUCGCAGAUGUACUUCGAGUCGGAGAAGCGCUACAACUACGUCACCCCCACGUCGUUCCUCGAGCUCAUCAACUUCUACAAGAGUCUGUUGGCCACGCGGCGCGAGGAGAUGACGGCGAUGAUCACGCGGCUCGACACGGGCCUGACCACUCUAAAAACGACGAACGAGGACGUGAGCCGGCUCCAGGCGGACCUCAAGGUGAAGAUGCUCGAGGUCGACGAGAAGAAGGUCGCCUGCGACGUCUUCCUCGAGAAGAUGGGCCGCCAGCGCGGCGAGGCCGAGGAGGCCCAGGCCGAGGCCGACAAGGAGCGCGCGAAGGCGGACCUCGCCGCGCAGGACGCGAGGAACAUCGAGGAGCGCGCGGCCGGCGACCUCGCGCUCGCGAAGCCCGCGCUCGACGCGGCGCUCGACGCCGUCAACUGCCUCGACAAGGCGUCGAUGACGGAGCUCAAGUCGUUCUCGAAGCCGCCCGCGGGCGUCGACAAGGUCACGGCCGUGCUGCUCAUCCUCAUCAAGAACGAGAAGAAGAACUUCACCUGGGACAACGCGAAGAAGAUGAUGGCCAAGGUCGACGCCUUCAAGGAGCAGCUCGAGGCGUUCCGCGGCGAGGACAUCGACCCGGACAUCGUCCGCCGCUGCGAGCCGUACCUCGCGGACCCGAACUUCUCCUACGAGAAGAUGAAGACCAAGUCCGCGGCGGCGGCGAACCUGUGCAACUGGGCCGUGAACAUCAUCACCUUCAACCAGGUCUACAAGAAAGUCAAGCCGCUCAUGGACCAGCUCGAGCAGGCGCAGGAGACGAAGCGCGCCGCGGAGAAGGACCUCGCCGUCGUCGAGGAGAAGCUCGCGGUCAUCGACGCGGCGCUGAACAAGCUCCAGGCCCAGUUCCUGUCGGCGACGCAGGAGAAGGCCGCCGUCGAGAAGGUCGCCAAGGAGUGCCAGGAGCGGCUCCAGCUCGCGGAGCGGCUCACGUCGGGCCUCGCGAGCGAGUACGACCGCUGGGGCCUGGAGAUCGACCACCUGCGGUCCGUCGAGGGCACGCUCGUCGGCGACGUGCUCCUCUCGGCGGCGUUCGUGUCCUACGUGGGCGCCUUCGGGUCGAAGUUCCGGUCCAUGCUCACGAAGGACUACUGGAUCGCGGACCUCGCGUCGCGCGAGAUCCCGCUCACGGAGGGCAUCGAGCCCAUGCGCCUCCUGACGACGGAGGCGAAGACGGCGGAGUGGAUGAACGAGGGCCUGCCCGCGGACCGCAUCUCCAUCGAAAACGGCGCGAUCAUCACGAACUGCAACCGGUGGCCCCUGAUCAUCGACCCGCAGCUCCAGGGCCUCAAGUGGAUCCGCGCCCACGAGGAGGCGCGCCUGUCCCGGGGCAAGAAGAAGCCCCCGGCGGAGGACGCCGCGGGCGACGGCGCCGAGGCGCCCGCGGAGGGCGACGACGCGGCGCCCGCCGCGGCCGCGCCCGCGGCCGCGGUCACGGGCAUCACGCAGCUCCAGCUCGGCGAGAAGAACUGGGUCUUCAAGGUCACGGAGGCCAUCCGCCUGGGCCACGUCGCCAUCAUCGAGAACCUGGGCCAGUCCAUCGACGCGGUCAUGGACCCCGUGCUCUCGCGCGCCGUCGUCCGGAAGGGGCGCACGCUCUUCAUCCGCAUGGGCGGCGAGGACCUCGAGUACGACCCGGACUUCCGGCUCUACCUCCAGACGCGCCUCGCGAACCCGCACUACAAGCCCGAGAUCGCCGCGCAGUGCACGCUCAUCAACUUCAUCGUCACGGAGGGGGGCCUCGAGGAGCAGCUCCUGGCCAAGGUCGUGUCGCGGGAGCAGCCGGACCUCGAGAAGCAGAAGAACGAGCUCGUCCAGGCCUUCAACCGCUACAAGAUCCAGCUCAAGUCCCUCGAGGACGACCUGCUCUACAAGCUCGCGAACGCGCCCGCGGACAUAUUGAGCGACGUGCCCCUCAUCGAGGGCCUGGAGACGACCAAGGCGACGGCGGCGGAGAUCAACCAGGCCGUCAUCAAGGGCAAGCAGACCGAGGAGGGCAUCAACGAGGCGCGCGAGAUCUACCGGCCCGUCGCGGCGGAGGCGUCCGUGCUCUACUUCAUGCUCCUCAAGCUGAACCGCAUCGAGUACUCGUACCAGUACUCGCUCGCGUCCUUCACGACCUUCUUCCACAACGGCAUGGAGCGCGGCGGCAUGUCCGACGAUCCCAAAAAACGCGUCGACGCGCUCCUCUCGAGCGUCCGGUGGACGAUCUUCCAGUGGGUGAGCCGGGGCCUCUUCGAGAAGCACCGCCUCGUCUUUUUAGUGCAGCUCACCAUCGGCCUCCUCCAGCAGGGCCUGGCCCAGACGUCGGAGGACGGCGAGCAGGGGUCGGGGCCCUGGGCCAAAAUCUCCGCGUUGGCGGGCUACACGCCCGAGGGGUUGGCCUUUUUGCUCCGGGGCCCGCGGUCCGGCGGCGAGGACCCGCCGGCGCCCUGGGUCACGGAGGCGGCCUGGGGCAUGGUCCAGGCGUUGAGCUCGCUGACGGGUUUCGAAAAAUUGCCGAGCGACCUCGAGGACUCCGCGCCGCGGUUCCUGGAGUGGUUCAACGCGGUGACGCCGGAGACGGAGAAGCUGCCCCUGGACUGGCGCGACCUGGACCGGCGGCCCUUCCAGAAGUUGCUGGUGGUGCGCUGCCUGCGGCCGGACCGCCUCACGUCCGCGCUCGCGCACUUCGUGCGAAACACGCUGCCGUCCGGCGCGAACUACACGGACCUGGACGCGGACAGCAACAGCUUCGGCGUGCUCGAGCAGGCCUUCGACGACGCGUCGCCGAGCGUGCCCAUCUACUUCAUCCUGAGCCCCGGCGCGAACGUCGUCGCGGACGUGGACAAGCUCGCGAAGCGCGACGGCAUGGAGCGCGACGUCACGUACCACAACAUCUCCCUCGGCCAGGGCCAGGACAUCAUCGCGCGCGAGAAGCUGGAGACGGCGCACCGGUUGGGCCACUGGGUCAUUUUGAACAACGUGCACCUCAUGCCCCGGUGGCUCCGCGACGUCGAGAAAUUGCUCGACGAGUUCCAGGAGCACGGAAGCCACGCGGCGUUCCGCGUCUUUUUGAGCAGCGACCCGACGAAGACGAUCCCGAUUGGCAUCCUGGAUCGGUCCAUCAAGCUCACGUCGGACCCGCCGUCCGGCCUCAAGGCGAACAUCAAGCAGGCCUUCUGCACGUUCACGCGGGAGGACUACGAGGAGCUCGAGCCGCGGACGCGGGGCAUCUUGUUCGGCCUCUGCCACUUCCACGCGGUCAUGCUCGAGCGGCGCAAGUUCGGGCCCCAGGGCACGAACAUGCACUACCCGUUCUCCGUCGGGGACCUGACGUCGUCGGCGUCCGUCCUACGGAACUACAUGGAGAACGCGCCGACGAAGGUGCCCUGGGACGACCUGCGGUACCUCUUCGGCGAGAUCAUGUACGGCGGCCACAUCGUCAACGACUUCGACCGGCUGGUGUGCGCCGAGUACCUCCACUUCUUCAUGCGCGACGACAUGCUCGACGAGAUGGACAUGUACCCGUACCCGGACGUCAAGUUGGACUACUUCCACGCGCCGCAGACGUCCAUCUCCCACGACAAGGUGCUGGAGCACAUCGACGCCCAGCUCGAGGGCGACUCGCCCCUGGCCUUUGGGUUCCACCCGAACGCGGAGAUCGGCUUCCGCACGGACCAGUCGGAGCAGCUCUGUCUGGCGAUCAUCGACCUGUCGCCGUCGGCGUCGGGCGGCGGCGAGGAGGGGUCCAGCGAGCAGAACGUCGCCGAGGCCAUGCUCCAGGACAUCUUGGAGCAGCACCGCGACGCGACCUUUGACGUGGAGAACGUGCUGAGCCUGCUGGACGAGCCGGGGCCCUACCACACGGUGUUCCUCCAGGAGUGCGAGCUCAUGAACGCGCUCGUGCUGAAGAUGAUCUCCAGUCUCGAGGAUCUGGACCUCGGGUUCCGGGGCGAGCUGACCAUGUCCGAGUCCAUGGAGGCGCUCCAGGAGGCGCUGUUCCUGGACCGCGUGCCGGGCGAGUGGGCCAAGGUCGCGUACCCGUCCAUUCGGUUCCUCACGCCCUGGCUCGCGAACCUGCAGGUGCGGUUGGGCCAGCUCCGGGACUGGUGCGCGGCGCCGACGGACAUCCCCGUGGUGACGUGGCUCAGCGGCCUCUUCAACCCGGAGUCGUUCCUCACGGCGGUGAUGCAGACGACGGCGCAGGCGCAGAAUUUGGAACUGGACAAGCUGUCCGUGGCCACGGAGGUCACGAAGAAGCUCGACCCGUCCGAGUUCUCGACGCCGUCGCGCGACGGCGCCUACAUCUCGGGCCUCGCGCUCGAGGGCGCGCGCUGGUCGUUGAACUCGACGAUGCUCGAGCCGUCGGCCGCGGGCGAGAUGACCUGCGCCAUGCCCGUCAUCAACUGCAAGGCCGCGCCCUCGGACCGCGUCGAGUCCAACGUCUACUACUGCCCCUGCUACAAGCACCUGCGGCGCGGGCCGACCUACGUCUUCUCCGCGCCGCUCAAGACCAAGGCCGCGGCGGCCAAGUGGAUCCUCGCGGGCACCGCGCUCAUCAUGGACGUCGCCGCGAAGUAAGUGUGUACGACGCG